AUGGCAUCAUCCGAUUCUCCCGCUGCCGCGGCGACUGCCGACGCAUCAGCUGCCCCGGCUGUCCCCCCGAUGCCCGCUUCCCUGACAACCUCCGUCAACCAGAAUGCCGCCGCCUACAGCCGCUUAGGCACCGCAACAUCUGCCCUCGGCUCUCCAUACGGCGGUGCAUAUGGCUCAACCUACUCCUCGCCAUAUAGAUAUGGCGGAUACGGCGGAUACGGCGCCGGCACGAUCGGUGGCGGAAUGUACGGCGGCGGCAUGUACGGCGGUGGCUACGGCGGAGGCAUGUAUGGUGGCGGCAUGUAUGGCGGAGGAAUGGGCAUGCGCGAUCCCAACGACCCCAACAGCCUGACGAACCGGUUCAACACGAACACUCAGGCAACCUUCCAGAUGCUUGAGGGCAUUGUCGGCGCCUUUGGCGGCUUCGCACAAAUGCUGGAGAGCACAUACAUGGCUACACACUCGAGUUUCUUUGCAAUGGUUUCGGUUGCGGAGCAGUUUGGUAAUCUGCGCGACACUCUCGGUUCCAUCCUUGGCAUCUUCACACUGAUGCGCUGGAUCCGGACACUGAUUGCCAAGAUCACCGGCCGCCCGCCACCGGCCGACGCCAUGGCUCUGACGCCCGCGGCAUUUGCGCGCUUCGAGGGCCGCACAGCACCCCCUGGCCCGGACGGUGCCGCCGGUGCACCCAAGCCCAGCCGCAAGCCUCUCUUCUUCUUCGUGCUCGCCGCAUUCGGCCUGCCGUAUCUGAUGAGCAAGAUGAUCAAGUCGCUGGCAGCAUCGCACGAGGAGGAGGAGCGUCGGCAGAUGGCCCUGCAACAGCAACAACAGCAGGCGCUCAAUGACCCGUCCAAGCUCGACUUCUGCCGUGUUCUCUACGACUACACCCCCGACCCGGCCCUUGUCGCCCAGCAGCAGCAGCUGAAUCUGCAGCAGCAACAAGCAGGCGGCGCCGCCAGCAGCAUGCCGAGCCUCGACCUGGCUGUGAAGCGCGACGAUCUCGUGGUGGUGCUGGGCCGGACCGACCCGCUCGGCAACCCGUCCGACUGGUGGCAGUGCCGGACGCGCGACGGCCGCGUGGGCUACCUGCCGUCGACCUACCUUCGCGUGAUGCCGAACCCAGCCAAGGAGAAGGCGGCCGCACAACAGCCGCAACAGCAGCUCCUACCGGCACCGCCGUCGGCCCCAAGCGUGGCCGGCAGCGUGUCGACGAGCAAUAGCGGCGCGACGACGGUGGCACCUGCUUCGGCCACGGGUCCCGACCCGGUGAUGGCCGAGAAGGCUGCUGCGCAGAAGGCGGCUGGUGCAGAUACGUUUAUGAAGUCGGCGUUUUACCAGUCGUAG